GAAACACUGCCUCAAGUGGUUUUCCAGUCUUCCAUUAGGAUAGGCCGUCAAUAUUACUGCAGGAGGUGUCCAAAUCCCCAGCUUUUUAUGGUAUUUUUAAAGCCAUAAAGUAAAGAGCGGUAGGAAAAUGAUUCAGAAUAUUUUCUACUUCUUCAUUUUCUUUUUUCGUUUUUCCACUCAUAGAUUUCUCUUCACAAACAUGAUUAAAACGCCGGGUGUGAACGCAGUCUACGUCAGGCCAUUAAAGUUCUUAUAACUUUGGUAGCGCUGCACACGGACCGCACACCUCUGAGUCCCGGUCACACUCCGCGUCCACACGACCUCUCACCCGCGUUCUCGCACUGGCAGGAGAUGGCGUCACGUGUCCCCGUGCGUUUCCCUGGCAGCAGCGGCCUUGGUGCACGUUCACACUUGUCACCCCGACUCCGGAGCUCCCGCAGUGACGGUAUGGGGGAGAGCCUGCGCCUGCCCGGACUCUACCGGCGAGUGAGCGCCUGGAGCGAUAGAGGCGACGGGGAGCCCGCGGAUUGGCAGCGGCCGGCCUCGGUACCCGGGCACCUCAAUGACCGCUGGGAGGAGUGGAGCUCGGGCAGUGACCGCUCCGGAGCCCCGGCGUACAGUGACCCGGAGGAGCAAUCCCUGGGCGGCUACAGCGCUCGGUUAUCCCGGGACUCUGGGCGACAGGUUCCUCUGCUGCGCGGGAUAUUCCAGGUCCAGAAGAGAAGCUGCGAUGUGUCCCUGACCUCCAGUCACCUGCUGUGGUGCCCCAUCCAGCCCGAGAGCCCGGGGAAAGCACAUACACAAGCUAAAGAAGAAUCCAUUAUGUUGAAGGACAUAUUUUCUGUGAAACUAAAAAGACGCAGAAUGGCCGGGCAGGAAAAAGGUGGCACCUUGUUGGGCAUCACAGUAUUUGUGUGCAUCAGAAAAGGUCAUAAGCUAAAAGACAAUGCUAUUGAUUUUUAUAAUUUGAGUGAAGACUUCUGUGAUAUUUGGCUCCGGCAACUAAAGGAUAUAUUGAACGGUUUCCCUAAUCGACCAAAGUCACUUAAAGUUAUUAUUAAUCCGCACAGCCAUAAAGGAGAAGCACCCAACGUGUAUUACCGGCACGUUGCACCUCUUUUGAAGCUUGCUGACAUUCAGACCCAUGUUACAGAAACUAAUUAUAAAGGACAUGCCCUUGCGUUACUUAAAGAAUGUGAACUCCAGGAGUAUGACGGCAUAGUUUGUGUCGGCGGUGAUGGAUCAGUAAGUGAAGUUGUCCAUGGUCUUCUGCUUAGAGCCCAGAUGGAUGCGGGGAAGACUGUAAAUGACAGCCUUUCUCCCGUCAGAGCCCCACUGCCACUUGGUAUAAUACCAGCAGGAACCACCAAUACCAUGGCUUAUUCCCUUCAUGGCAUUAGACACUCGGUAACUGCUGCAUUACACAUCAUUAUGGGGAACAUCCAACCAGUUGAUGCCUGUACUUUUAGCACUGAGGACAAGCUUCUGCGCUUUGGCUUUUCAUCAAUGUUUGGAUUUGGGGGGCAGACUCUCGCCCUUGCAGAAAAGCAUCGCUGGAUGCCCUCUAGUCAGAGAAGAGACUUUGCAGUUAUUAAAACACUUGCAGUUCUAAAAGCGGACAGCUGUGACUUGUCAUUUCUACCUAUAAACAACCGACAGUCAACAUCCCACCAGAAGAAGAAAAAUAAAGAUAAUUUCUUGGAGAAUGAGACUAAGGAUCAGUGGCAGCAUACUCAGGGCCAGUUACUGAACGUCAGCAUUAUGGCAAUUCCCUGCCUUUGUUCCAUGGCCCCAAGAGGCUUGGCACCUAAUACCAGGCUAAAUGAUGGCACAAUGGCGCUGGUAAUUGUGCACAACACAUCCAGACCAGAGUUUGUGAAGCACUUGAAGCGCUACGCCACUCAUAAAGAUCAGUUUGACUUUCCUUUUGUUGAAACUCACCUGGUUAAAGAAGUUAAGCUCUGCCCACAGAGCACUAGUCACUGUGGUAAUGGCUUAUAUGAAAACCAUAAAGAAGCACAUACAGGGCUUAGUGAAGUUCAUCCAUGGAAUAUUGAUGGGGAUUUACAGGUAGCAUCUUCUGAAGUUCAUAUCCGCUUGCAUCCUGAGCUCAUAAAUCUCUAUGGGAGAAACAUAGAAGAACUGGAUGAGAUGAAAGCUAAAUGCAGUUGUUUGUAGCUAUAGCUUAGCAUAAAAGCCACAUCCUGAUUUCUUACAAAUGUCAUUUUAUUGAUUUAUGACAGCAGAAACAUUUGAAUGUCAAUCUUUAGGGUUUGUGUCCACAUGAACACAAGUACAGCCAGAAACAUACAGUAACUUCAGACAAUAGUACAAAAUUCUUUACACAAAAUAAAAACUGUAGACAAGCCUAUUUUACAAUAUAUUUUUAUAGAAUUUGUAAACUUGCACUAGUUUUUUGUAGUAGCAUUUUUAUAAACAAUGUGCAAUAAACAUAUCUUUGCGAG